CCAAGCCAGAAACCAACAGCUCCCACACUGACGCUUGAAUCCUCUCCCUCCGACAUGAAGGUCUCUGCAGCUCUCCUGUGCCUGCUGCUCACAGCCGCUGCCUUCAGCACCCAGGUGCUCGCUCAGCCAGAUGCCAUUAACUCUCCAGUCACCUGCUGCUAUACACUCACCAAUAAGAAGAUCUCAAUGCAGAGGCUGACGAGCUAUAGACGAGUCACCAGCAGCAAGUGUCCCAAAGAAGCUGUGAUCUUCAAGACCAUACUGGACAAGGAGAUCUGUGCAGACCCCAAGCAGAAGUGGGUCCAGGACACCAUGAAUCACUUGAACAAGAAAAACCAAACUCCAAAGCCUUGAACACUUACUCCACAACCCAAGAAUCUGAAGACACUUUGUUUCCUUCUAGCUUUCCCUAACUGCCCUCUGAUAUUAUCUUAUCAUUUUAUUGACAUGAAACAUGAUGCCUUAAGUAAUGUUAAUCUUAUUUAAGUUAUUGAUGUUAAAAUUUAUCCUCCAUGACUACUAGUGUGUGUAUGUGUGUGUGUGUGUUUUUAAAUGGAAACUUGGGCAAAUUGCUUUCCUCUGUGAAUCCCAAUUCUACCCCGGGAUGGCGGGAGGGUCCUUGCAAGGAUGAUUAAUGCGAAAACUUUUUGUUUUGACAUUCUAAGUCAUUGCUAAAAAUGCUAUUGUGGAAAUGUAUAUUAUGUAACUACUGAACAAAAUAUAUAUUUUUUAUACAAAA